AUGAAACUUGAACUUAAGAAAUUCUUAGAAAAAUUUUCGAGAAUAUUAAUUUUGUUAGCGAAUUUGGUUUAAGGAUUGUGGUGGUUUUUUGUAGGGUUAUCUCGAGGAGAAUCUAUAAAUUAUACACUUUUAAUUUUAUAGUCAGCAAGUUUAAUGAUGAGGCUUGUUUAGUAUUUUUUAAUGGAAAAAAGCUAUGGGCUCAAUUUAGGUCUACAUAUAGUUUCUCUCUUAUUUUAUGUAGGUUACUUUGAAUCGAUGUUCUUAAGUGAGAUUGAGAAUUCAUUUAGCAUUUUAUCUAAUAGUUUAAUAAUAACUAUUGCAUAUUGGGAUUAUUUAAAGAUUGCAGUUUAGAAAUAUAGUUUCAUUUGCAAGUUAGGACUGCCUUGUUAUUUACUAAUAAAAAAUAUCAUAUAAAUUAUAAGUUUACCAAGUUUGUAAGCAAUAGAAAGCAUAAUUAUUAUAUUUGUUAUUGUAAUCCACUAAAUAAUAGCAUAUUACUGCUAAUUUAAUUUCAAACAAAACAAUCAAAAGACUGAAUAAUAGCUACCCAAAAAAUGUGAGAAUCCAGCCUCUCCUAAUGCUGAAAACUUAUUAAUGCAUUCUUAGGAUAAAUCUUAACCCAGAAACUCAUUCAUACAAACUCCUAAACAGUGUUUCACUACCUUAUUGAAAGACCUCCCGAAUGAAGAAAAGUUGAAAUAAUAUUCAAAUUUAACAAGCUUUUCGAAAUCUCAGAAAUUUUACAAAAGUUUAAGCAGCUCAGAUCAUUCAAAACUUUAGCUCUAUUAAAAUCUAAUAAAUUUAUUCCCUUAUGGGAUAUUGAUAUUGAAUUAGGCUCAAUAAGUGAGUUAUAUUAACAAUAAAUGUGAAAAAAUACUAGAGUGCUAAGGUGCCUAAUUAGUAUUGGAGAAGGUCAAAACGUGUGUAAGAAAUGCAAAGAUUCCAGAUGAUGAAAGCGAAUCGACAAAUAAACAAGAAAAGAACCAACUACAUUAUCGAACUCUAUCGCAAAUAAUAAAGACGCUCACAGAUAAAGAGAUUCCUAUUGAUAUCCUGGAUAUAAUACUAUCGCCAUCAAAAUAUCUUGCUCUUCUAGAUUAGAAUGAUAUGUAAAAGAGUAAGCACCCAUCAUUUCACUAAAAGAUAUUUAUAUAUGAAUGGCUCAUGAAGUCAGAGAGUAGGUUCAGCAAUAACUAAUAAAAGAAACUAAAAUUAAUACUCAUACCAACUUCAAUGACCAAUUAAUAAUAGGAUUACUUCUCGGCUUCCUCAUAAGUUAAGUCUUCAAGCAAAAGUCACUUCUCAUUUAAUAAUGAUGUUGAGAAUACUGUAUUACUUAUCAUUAUCAAGAACAUCACUAACAAAUUUAAAUGUUAACAAAUGAAAGAUGAAUAAAUAAUACACCAUAGUCUUAUUAAAUCCUUUUCUCAUGAAUUGCGGACUCCAUUGAAUAGUUGCUCAUAGAUGUUAAAUCUUAUGAAAAUUGAAGAUUCAAAUACUAGAUUCUAGGAGUACAUCGACAUAGCCUAAUGUUCUAUCUCAUUAUUAAUUCAUCAGAUUAAUGACAUUUUGGAUUAUGCUUCAAUUUAGUCAUAUCAAUUUUCAUACCAUGUCUCCCUGUUCGCAAUUCAUGAAAUAAGCGAAGAAAUUGAACAUUUGUACAAACUCUAAAUGAAACAAAAGAAUAUCGAAUUCAAUGUUAAGGUUUCUGAAAAUUUGAAUGGCAAAGUUAUUUAGAAUGAUAAGUAGAGGAUUGUGUAAUUAUUAGUCAAUAUUUUAAAUAAUGCUAUUAAAUUUACAUAGGAAGGAGGGUCAAUUAGUUUAAAAAUUACAGAAGGUGAUCUCUUUAGUAUCAUUUUCAAAGUCAAAGAUAAUGGAAUUGGCAUAGAAGAACAAAAAUUAAGUUAAAUCUAAAAUAGUAUACAUGACACUAUUGAAUUUGGAGCUGUAUUGAAAUCUCAUUAAGGAUCAAGACAAUAGGGAUUGGGGUUAAGUAUAGCAGCGAAACUUGUUUAAGGUUUAGUUGAAUCUUAGGACAAUCAAUUAAUAAUAAAUUCCAGAAAAAACUAAGGAACUGUAGUUUAAUUUAAGGCUUAAAAUCUAUUAUAGAACAAUCUAUUAUAAUCUCACCUAUUCACUUUAUAGAGCGGAAAAUUUAAUCAAUCAAUUGAUUAAUUCGAGUUAAAAGAACUAAAAUUGGAUGACAGCAAAUUAAUCAAGUCUAAUAGUUCUAGAAUGGAUAUUGAUAAGGAAUACUAAGAUUAAAGUUCAUACAGUUAUAAAAACACAUCUAGAUUGAACGACUUUGAAAAAUAACCUGAAAUCCUUUUGCCUAUUAGUCCUGAAUAUUUUUCUGAUAAAUGUAUAGGUUUUAAGACAAGUCUUCUAAAGUAACAAGAUUCAGCUUUUACAAAAAGGUAUAGUUCUUACUGCUAGAAAUGUCACCAUGUAUUAAUUGUUGAUGAUAUUCCUUUUAAUCAAAUAGCACUAAAAAUGAUACUCAAUAAUCAUCAAAUCGAGGCUGAUUAAGCAUUUGAUGGAUUUUAAGCAAUUGAAAAAGUAAAAUAAAAGUUGUAAUAACAUUGCUCAACUUAUAAAUUAAUUUUGAUGGAUAUUGAAAUGCCAGGAAUAAAUGGUUUCCAAACUAGUAAACAAAUUCUUGAUUUGAUUUCUAAUAAGUCAAUGAUUAUAAUUUGUUCUGCAUAUGACACAUAAGAAAAUAUUGUUCAAGGUCAAAAGUUAGGAAUCACUACUUUUCUCCAAAAACCUGUUAAAAAUGAUGAUUUAGAUGUAAUCUUAAAAAAAUUGUUUCAAAAUGAAACAGAUUGCACUUGA